AUGGUAUCGGUCAACGAUCCGGAGGCAUACUCCGUGAUCAACGGCUUCAGACGCGUCUUCACCACGCGCUGCGUCUCAGUCGCCUCCACACCGCAGACGGAAGCCAAGAUCCAGCCCCUGGUCGACUUGCUCCUGAACAAACUGAACGAGCUGGGCCAGGCCGGGCAAAAGCCCGUCGACACGGUCACGCUAACCGCACACUUUGCGUUUGACGCCAUGGGCAUCAUCAACGUCUCGGACAUGAGCCCUUCGGCCUUCUCGGCAAGGGCAUCGACGUCGAGGGCGCCAUCAGAGCCAUCGAUCAAGACACCACCGACUUCCUCGGCCGGCUCCACUCUCCUAGCGAGCGAACCCUCCGAGGCCUCCAAGCCCGGCAUCCCCAAACCCACGCACGAACAGACCGUCGCCUUCGUCUUCGCCAAAAUACUUGACCAUAGCGCGGGGUACGCCACCGGGCCCGUCGCCCUGCGCUCCAUCCGCCACCACCUCGCGCGCAACCGCCCCGCCUACGCACGCCUGCAGCGCCAGCCGGACGACGCCUUCACCCCGCGCGCGCUGAGCUAG